CUCUUUCAGCCUUUAAAAGUAAGCAUGAGUCCAAAGUUGAGCAGGACUACCACAGAGUGCCCACCCAUGGUCAACAGGAAGAUGUCUUUAACUGCACUUUGCUCUUUUAUUCUGCUGGCUUGUGUCUUGACUCCAAGUGAUGGUCAAAGCAGCUGCAGAGGACGAUGUGGCGUGGAGUACUACAGAGGUUACAUGUGCCAGUGCGACUUCAGCUGCUUGGCCUACGGAGAAUGCUGCCUCGACUUUGAAGCUCACUGCACCACAAAAAACUCCUGUAGAGGUCGAUGUGGGGAGACGUUCAAGAGAGGCCAACUGUGUAGCUGCGACUCGGAUUGCGAUAAAUACAAGCAGUGUUGUCCAGAUUACCAGCUCCAAUGUGAAGAAGAGGAAAACAAUGGAGCAUCCAGUGUAACAGCACCAGGGGCGAGUAGUUCAUGCAAUAAUGUAGAUGAUAAAAAAUCUCAAGCGCCAAGUCUGACUAAAGCAGCACAGCUGCCUUCAGCAGACAGCGAGGGAAACGACGAAGAUUAUUACGAAGACCUACUUGAGAGUCCAUCAUCCAAACCACAAGAUGAUCUCAAAGACGAUGGCAAUGAUGCGACCACUUUACCAGACUCGGGAACGUCUCCGCAACCCACCACAGCGGUUGAACAGGUCUCCAGCCAACCAACUCCCACCUUAGCAAACCAACCCGAUCCUUCUCCCACAGCUGACACCGUGACACAGGAGACGACAUCCCUGGCACAGACUGUUGCUCCAACUGAAGCUGCCUCUGAAAAACCUGAGGUCACAACCUUACUUUCCACCACAUCUUCAGAACCUUCACCAGACUCGUCCACAACUCCAGUACCACCAGAACCCUCACCAGACUCCUCCUCAACUCCAGUACCACCAGAACCCUCAACAGACUCGCCCACAACUCCAGUACCACCAGAACCCUCACCAGACUCCUCCACAACUCCAGUACCACCAGAACCCUCAACAGACUCCUCCACAACUCCAGUACCACCAGAACCCUCAACAGAUUCGUCCACAACUCCGGUUUCACCAGACUCGUCCACAACUCCAGUACCACCAGAACCCUCCCAAGAGUCUUCCACAACCCCAGUACCACCAGAACCCUCCCAAGAGUCUUCCACAACUCCAGUACCACCAGAACCCUCCCAAGAGUCUUCCACAACUCCAGUACCACCAGAACCCUCCCAAGAGUCUUCCACAACUCCAGUACCAACAGAACCCUCCCAAGACUCUACCACUUCAGCACCCCUAGAAACCACACAAGAGUCCUCUGAUGCAUUAGCAACUUCAAUACCCCCAGAACCCUCACAAGAAUCCUCCACAACUCCAGUACCACCAGAAUCCUCCCAAGAAUCUUCCACCACAUCAGCACCCCAAGAGUCCUCAGAAGCAAUUGCAACUUUAGUACCUUCAGAACCCACACAAAACUCUUCCACAACUCCAGUAACACCAGAACCUUCCCGAGAUUCCCCAACCACUUCAGCACCCCAAGAGUCCUCAGAAGCAAUUUCAACUUUAGUACCUUCAGACUCCACACAAGAGUCCUUCACAGCCUCCAACGCAAGCACAACUUCAAUGCCUUCAGAACCCAUUACAGAGUCCUCCACAACUGCAAGUCCCGAGACCGUCGCCCCUGACUCGACGACAAUGGUCCCACUAUCCGUCAAAACCACUUUAAGCCCAACAAAAGGCCCUUCAGACCAACAGAAUCCCUCUACAAGCAUUCCUUCAGUGGGGUCAGACGUUGAUGCCAUGACGACUGCCAGUCCCUUGCCCACAGAGGCACUGAAGGAAGAUUCUACAGCACCAGAAUCGUCUGUUGAUCCACUAAAACCAACUGUCCCACAAUCACCUAAACCUCAGGACAAGCCGAAACCUUCCAAUCCACAGAUAACUACAGCCCCUGUGGACAAGCCCACUCCUAAACCUGGGAGUAAGCCCGUGGAUGCAGUGCAGACUAUGGAUAAUUCCAUAGACUACCAAGCAGACGACAGCAAUGACACAAACUUGUGCAGCGGGCGGCCAGCCAGUGCAAUCACCACACUGAGGAACGGCACAAUAGCGGUAUUCAGAGGUCACUACUUCUGGUUUUUGGACCGAAACAGGGUGCCAGGUCCAGCUCGUGGCAUCACACAGACAUGGGGUGUCCCGUCCCCCAUUGACACGGCGUUCACCCGUUGCAACUGUCAUGGCAAAACGUACAUCUUUAAGGGAAACCAGUACUGGAGAUUUCAGAACGAUCAUUUAGACCAGGGUUAUCCAAAGGCUGUGGAGACAGGCUUUGAUGGACUUCGAGGUCAUGUCACAGCUGCUCUCUCUGCGCCCGAGCACCGCGGGAGGAAAGAAUCUGUCUAUUUCUUCAAGAGAGGUGGAUUGGUGCAGAAAUAUUCAUAUCGGUUUGGCGCCAGUGGUCAAUCAUGUAAGAAGAAACCAAAAUUUGCUAUUUACACAGUCCGCAGCAGAGUGGUUCGGCAAGCAGUGUCUCUUUUAGGGCCAACGAUUAACAUCAGGACGUCCUGGCGAGGGUUUCCCACUACCAUCACCUCUGCCGUGUCUGUCCCGACUACCAGAGAACCAGAGGGCUACAAAUACUACGUCUUCUCUAGAACUAAAUCAUACAACAUUAGGAUGGACACUGACCGGCCUGUUAUUGCCACGACAAGAGAAAACCCUUCGGCUCAGAACAGCAACUUCAUCAAAUGUCCAAAGACACUCUAGAGGCCGCGUCAAGGAGUUGGCCUUCACAUUAUAAUUUCUGAAAAACUUUUAAUAACAUUUUUAUCAUAACACAACACUUCAACAUGGACUUUGAUCACAUCUCCUUUGUAUUUGGAUGAUUGAUACAAACAAAUGACUAGAGAAAGGGGUACCCAGGAAUGACAGAAGUUCUGUCUCAUCAAAGCUUCAUCUGGCGAUGCGUCUGCCAUGGACUCCCCGGGAAGGAAAUGCUUGACCUGUUGGAAUAUAAUACAGCAUAAGUCCUGAUCUAUGGUUGUAAACAUUUACUACAGUGGCUGUAAAUAAUGCGCAUCACAUGUCUGCAAAUUAAUAAGCGUGCAACAGAAAUAUUCAUUAAGUAAGAAUCAUUACUAUGUAUUCUGUUACUUUACAUUUGAUUUAAAAUAAAGUUGGUUAUAUUGUAA